AUGGCAUCUAAUGUUGCCUUCGAAAAUGCCGUUGGUGACUUGUCCUUUGCUUUGUACAAUGCAGUGGAAAAAGGUGGGAAUGAAUUGAUUUCUCCAUACAGUAUAACAAGUGCAUUGAUGCUUCUUAUGCUCGGAACAGGUGGUACUACACACAAACAAAUGAGAUCUUCACUAUUUAAUCAAAACAUAGUUGGUGAUGUCAACAUGGAGUACAAACUUCUCAACGAAAGGCUGUCCUCACUUACAGGGAAUGGAGUACAGCUUUCGAUUGGUAACAGACUUUUUGGAGAUAACAAAUUAAAUGUUUUGAACACAUUUACGGAGAAUGCUUUACAGUACUACGGUAGCGAUUUGAAACGCCUGAACUUUAAAUCAGCACCUGAUCAAUCAAGAAUCAACAUCAAUAAUUGGAUUGCUAACUCAACGAACGAUAAAAUCCAGAAUAUGUUGCCACCUAAUACUAUAACUUCAGGAACUGUUAUGGUUUUAGUAAAUGCAAUUUACUUUAAAGGUCCUUGGAAUAAAGAGUUUAACCCGAAUAACACAACAAAGAGGAAUUUUCUGGACGAAUCUAACCAGCAAAAACAAGUAGAUAUGAUGUAUGACCAACGUAAUGUGGUGGCCGGUGAAAACACUGAGUUGAAUUGCAAGAUUCUGCAACUUCAAUAUACAGGGAAUAAUUUAUCAAUGAUAUUUGUAUUACCGAAUGAUGCAAAUGGACUUCCUCAACUUGAAAGUAAAAUUACUAUGACAAAAUUUAAAAGUCUGUUUUCCGGGAUGUGGCGACGGGAUACAAUAAUCAGAAUUCCAAAAUUCAAAUUUGAAGCUAAGUAUGAUUUAAAACCGGUACUCUCAGCAUUAGGAAUUACUGAAAUAUUUGACUUGCAGACGGCAAAUUUCUCAAAGAUGACAGCCUUAAAACCAGUUUAUGUAAAUGACGCCCGUCAUAAGUCAUUUAUAGAAGUUACAGAACAGGGAACAGAAGCUGCUGCUGCUACAACGUUAGGAGUGAUGGGAGGGUCAGCUGGCGGACCAUUUCAGUUUGUAGCUGACCAUCCAUUUAUGUUUGUCAUAUGGGAUAACAAUUCGGGAACUAUUCUGUUUGUUGGACGGUACGCAAACCCCUAA